CAUCUUACUUAGGGUGCGCAGCAACGUUUGCCGUCAACCUGACUAUGACAGCUAUCGUCUAUCCGUCUAUCGGUACCCUGGCUGUGUGGUACCUCAACCAGAGAGCAACAGGUCUGGGCUACACUGGACUACUCUUGCUCAUCGUGUGCAUGAUGCUGCUACGAGUGCACGCGCUGCCAAUCUCACCAGCCAACCUGACACACAAGGGAUGCAGACACACACUCGAUUUAUUUGUCAAACUGCUCGUGCUCACAGGCAUCCCUACCUUGCUGGUUGGUCGUUGGGUGGUGUGGCAAUGAAGGCGAAAGCGACGACACUAGCUCAAAGAUACGUCCAUGGGCAUUUCCUAGUGAGUUCAAGGCUUACGGGGAUGAUUUCCAGAAAUGGAAGACGCACUUUGAGUCGUGGGCGUCGAUCAAUGGCUUGGCUGACGUCGUGGCUGACGAGGCGCUUCACGAGAGACCCCAGCUGACAAAAGUCGGCGACAGGCCUGAAGUAGAAAGCGACCCCGAGACUGGCCUGUGGACUGAUGCUUACAACCAAGAGCACGCGAAGUGGGAGACGCUGAGCAAGCAGCAGAAGGACGAGAUCCACAAGCGUCAUCUCAUUCACGCUGAGCUCUUGACUGCCUGCAAUGGCAACGACACUGCCUUCAAUCUGGUGAAAAACGCACAGAUAGAGGCAGCAGAGGAAGACAAAGACCCACUGUUAAAGGUGGAUCGAUGGCUGUCUUGGCGAGCUCUGAUAGCUAAGUACAACCAGGUGUCACCCUCUGAGUUGUCGAAGCUGCACACCCUUAUCCGCACGUAUCAGUGGAAGGGCGAUGCAUCCAAUCUCGAGCCAAACCUCGGGUACAUGAUCGGCAAGUUCGAGAAGCUGAAGUCCCUUGAGGCUCAGCGCGCCAAGAUGGACGAACAGCACACAAAGCUGGUGUAUGGCUUGGACGAAACCGACAAAAUAGCUGCCGUCAAAGCCAUCCUGCCCAAGCAGGCAUACCAACAACCGUUGGCCUUCCUCAACCUGCAGCAACAAAACGAAGCAAACAAUAACUUCGCUGCGUUUCAGCAAUUGCUGCGCAACCACUGUGACCAGAACCUCCCAAGGUCUGCACAGAAUGCGAACACGAGCAGCUCAGCUGCCGGCGCACAGAAUGACAUACUCAUGACCAACAAUGGCGAGUCUGUCGUGCCCCCCUUCGCUCACUCGGCAAUGACCCGUGAUGAGGUGAUGGCCAAAAGCAACUCCACCAAAUGCGAGAUCUGUGGCAUGACGAACCACACGACUGGGGAGUGCUGGCACCUGGGCAUAGCUCGGGAUGCUGUACGAGCCCACACAGGCCGUGGCAGAGGCGGUCACGGGACAUCCCGAGGGCGGGGCGGACAGAACGGCAACGGCCGUGGCCAUGGUGGUGGACCUAAGAAGGGAAACAACCACACCAUCGGCAAGAAAAACCACAAGGUGAGUGCCAAAGGCACCACUGAAACAGACAGAGAUGUGCAUCGCACCCACCAAAUGAGUGAGGAUGGCGAGAAGCGAGCAAGAGCAGCACACAGCGCUGAUGGGAAUGUGUGGCCCCCCUAACGUGGCUCAGGACAUCAGAAUGCCCACAGCUGUAGCUAGGAUUCCCUCAGUUGUGCAGUGCAAUGUCGCAGCUGAUGUUCACGCUGACGCUGUCGAUGCUCUUCAUAUACAUGAUGAGGCACUGCUUGACUCAGGCUGCAGCUGGCACGUCUUCACUUCUCCUGAUUUCUUUGUGCACCUCAGGCCGCUCCCACCAGCAACCAGCCAACUCAAGGUGGCCAACGGGGCAAAGGUGGCUACAGAGGGCGAGGGCGAGGUGGCCCUUAGGGUCAACCUGAAGCCAACAAACAGGACAAGACGCCUGUACAAAGGCACGGUGCCAAAGACGCACAUAGUGCGAUUGACGAAUUGUCUGUAUGUGCCUGACCUGAAGUACAAUCUUCUCUCAGUCAGUGCACUCGAGGACGAAGGAUACAAUACACGCAUGGAUAGCCGCACUGUGUAUAAAGAACCAUACACACAUUCAUUUGUGCGGAAGGGGAGGCUCUACGUGCUUGAUGUGUCACCUGCUGCUCACGCGGACAGGGCGACCAACGAAUGCACCACACGAGAGGCGCCUGCAGCUGCUCACGCGGCCAGGCCGCAAGACGCUACCUAUCCUGUGUGUAAGGAGAAGGAAGAAACGAAUGGGAAGUCAAUGACAGGCAUCAUGAAUGCAGUCAGCAAGUG